AUGGCCACCACUAUCAAUACCCCUCCUCCUUCAACAGCGGCAGGAGCGACAUCAGCAGCAAAAAAGACCAAGGCACCAAAGGCAAAACCACAAUCCAAAUAUGGCUCAACAUUACUUCUCCCUAAGACUGGCUUUCCUCUCCGAUCUGAGGCUGCCACAAGAGAGGCUGGAUAUCGGAAACGAUGCACCUCGGAGCUCUACCCAUGGCAGCGUGAGAAUAACCCAGGAGAGCUGUUUGUGCUUCAUGAUGGACCACCAUAUGCCAACGGACACUUGCAUCUCGGACACGCACUCAACAAGCUGAUCAAAGAUUUCGUCAACCGCCAUCGCGUCAUCAGAGGAUUCAAAGUCGACUACCGUCCAGGAUGGGAUUGUCACGGACUGCCAAUUGAACUCAAGGCGCUCUCGGAACUCAAGAUCAAGGACCGCUCUCAUCUCUCACCCAUGGAUGUCCGUACUGUUGCCCAGGCCUCGGCGCGUGCAGCAAUCGCAAUGCAAAAGGAAGAGUUCCUCGCAUUUGGUAUCAUGGGUGAUUUCGACAACGGAUACUUGACUAUGGACAAGGAUUUCGAGACCCGCCAGCUGAAGGUGUUUUACGAGAUGAUGAACAAGGGGCUGAUCUAUCGCGCCAACAAGCCCGUCUACUGGUCCCCUUCGUCUCAGACUGCACUUGCUGAAUCUGAGCUGGAGUACAAGGAAGAUCAUAAAAGUCGAUCCGCUUGGGUUGCCUUCAACGUCGACCAGCCUUCGAAGAACGUGAAGGAUAUGUUGCCAAAGAAUGCGUCCCUGCAGGCAGUUGUUUGGACAACCACCCCCUGGACCCUUCCCGCCAACCGCUGUGUCGCUGUUCACCCAAAGCUCAGCUACACAUUGUUCCACGCCAAGGAUGCAUCAAACCCCGCCAACAACAACACGGUCUACUUGGCUGCCACCGACCGCAUGGAGGAGAUGAAGACGCGCUUUGCACCUGUUCAGACCAGCGAAGUCCCAGCAUCGACCCUUUCAAUCACUCUGGAACCCAUUGGAGAGGUGUUGGGUGAGGACUUGGUCGGAUCCCAGUACAAACAUCCUCUCACCGCCGAGGCUCUGCCCUUCAUCACUGCAGACUAUGUCACCGCCGAUUCGGGAUCUGGUCUGGUUCACACAGCGCCCGGACAUGGAAUGGAUGAUUACAAGGCAUGCUGGCCUCUGGGCAUUGAGGCGUUCUGUCCCGUUAACAACGUGGGCCGAUUCACCGCUGACGCUGGAGAGGCUCUGGAGGGCUUGCAGGUCCAGACGGAGGGUACUGCCAAGGUGCUCGAGAUGUUGCAGGAGAAGGGCAGUCUGAUCCAGGAGCAAGGAUACGUUCACAAGUACCCCUACGACUGGCGGACCAAGAAGCCAGUCAUCCUCAGAGCGACUUCUCAGUGGUUUGCAAAUGUGGGCUCGAUCAAGGAGGAUGCUCUCAGGGCGAUCGAGAACGUGAAAAUGGUCCCUGAUUCAGCGCGUCGUCGGUUGGAAGGGUUUAUCCACUCGAGAACUGAGUGGUGUAUUUCGAGACAGCGUUCUUGGGGUGUUCCUAUUCCAGUCAUGUACGAGGUCGAGACGGAUGAACCCUUGUUAACCAAGACUUCGGUGCAGCAUAUCAUCGACACUGUCAUGGAGCAUGGAACAGAUGCCUGGUGGACCCUAAGCACGGAGGAGUUGCUUGCGCCAGAGUACAGGAACAACGGCAAGAACUACCGUCGCGGCGACGAUACCAUGGACGUCUGGUUCGACAGUGGCACUAGUUGGACCAUGAUCGAGGAGAAGAUGCCACGACCCCAUUUGCCCUUUGUCGCGGAUGUCUACAGUGAAGGCUCGGAUCAGCAUCGUGGAUGGUUCCAGUCUUCGCUUUUGACCUCGGUGGCUCUGACUGGCAAGGCUCCCUUUGGUACUCUGAUCACACACGGAUUCUUGCUGGACGAUAAGGGUUUCAAGCAGAGCAAGUCGAUCGGUAACACUGUCGACCCGGCUGUUGUUAUUCAUGGAGGCAAGAACUUGCAGAAAGAUCCUGCCUACGGAACGGAUGUGCUUCGUCUUUGGGCUGCCUCUUCAGAGUAUACCAAGGACAUUGCGAUCGGAAAGACCAUCUUGACCCAGGUCGCCGAGAGUAUCCGCAAGUUCAGGAACACUGCCCGAUUCAUGUUGGGUAACUUGAAUGGAUUCAAGGAGACUGAUCAGAUUCCUUAUGAGGAGCUGUCUAGAUUGGACCGCUUCAUGCUGUCGGAGGUGUACCAGUUCUCCAAGAACGUCAACUCCGCCUAUGACGAGUACAUGUUCAACAAAGUUUUCACGCAGCUGCAGUACUUUACGAGCACGACAUUGUCGUCGUUUUACCUGGAUGUCAUCAAGGAUACCCUUUACUCUGACGCUGAGAAGAGUCAUCAGCGCCGCGCCAUUCAAACCGUCCUCUUCCAUACCCUGAAUGCGUUCACGCAGAGUAUCGCGCCAUUGGCACCUCACCUGGGUGAGGAAGUUUACGAGCACUACAGCGACUGCUUUAAGAACCCCCAGCCAUCCGUCUUCCGUUCAGGAUGGAACCUCGACCGUCAACCCGAGGAUUGGAACAACGCCGUGCUUCGUGACGAGUUUUCUGUCUUGAAGCAACUCCGCGCGGAAGCCAACCAGCUGUUGGAGCAGGCACGUACCGCCAAGGAUAUCGGCUCCUCCCUCGAGGCUACCAUCGAGAUCCAAUUGCCACCAUCAUCAACCGAGGAAUCGGAGAAGCUGGGUCAAAUUGUCGAAUCCUAUGCUGACGAUCUGAAGAAACUGUUCAUCACCUCAGAUGUCACCGUCGUCAAGGCCGGACAACAGGUUGAGAGCAGCAGUAGCGACUAUGUUCGUGAUAUCUUGGUGCCGAGGGUUGGAAGCUGCAAGAUGGUCAUGCGCAAGGCUACAUUGCACAAAUGCCCUCGUUGCUGGACUUUUACGUCACCCGAACCCGAGGUCCUUUGCCCACGUUGCGGGCCUGUCGUUGCCGCCAUCCAGACAUAA